AUGUCGUCGACAGCCAGCUUCCCUCGCUUUAGCUUACUGCCUGCCGAAUUGCAGAUCCAGAUCUGGAAGGAAGCGCUUGCUCCCGUCGCCGUAUUAAGCCUCUACAUGCGCCGUCAGACUGGCGGCGGCAGCGGCGGCGGCAGCAAGCAACAUGGGGCCGCACAGCCGCCCCAGCUCGCCGUGGCCCUCUACGGGGCCAAGCCGCACAAGGCAGGGCUGUCUUGCAAAACCGCGCGGGUCAUCAUGGAAGAGACGUAUGUCACGCCCCUCCGGCGGCUCGCGAGCGCCAACGCCUGCUGGGUGAACCUGGACAGGGCCGUCCUCCACAUCAGCGAGCCCAUGGACACGGCCAAGAUCCUGGACGCGCUCGAGCCCGCCGACCUGCCGCGGAUCAGACACAUCGCGCUGGCGUGGCGGUCGGAAAAGUACGGAAACAUGGUCACGGCGUGCAAGGCCAUCGCCGCCCGCUGCAGGAACCUGGCGACCUUGACUUUCAACCCCUACUACUCCCGGUACUCGGCUCAGGAGUGUCGGUGCCGCGUCAUGGACGAGCAGAUCACGGCGUUUUAUGCCGCCAUUCCCGACUACACCGAGUCGCCGUGGUGGGACUUUUCCAUGGAUCUGCUGCAGGCCAGGUCGCGGCUGCUGCCGUAUUUCAAGAAUCCGCGCCCAAAGAUGCAUCUGGUGCCGUUCCAUGUCGUCAACUGCGAUCCCGAGUGA